AUGCUUGUGAAAGCCGCCUCCCGCCCCUCUCCCAACCGCGAGCCGACCUCUUCCAGCGGCUUUCCCGCUGCGGAACCUGCCCCUCCGCCUUCGCCUUCGCCUCCGCCUCCGCCUCCGCCUCCACCUCCACCUCCACCGCCGGCCAUGCACGAGUCCGAGCCCGAGGCAGAAGUCGCGCCGCCUCCGCCCCCGCCUCCGCCUCCGCCUCCGCCUCCCCCGCCGCCUGUCGCUCCUGUCGCGGCCGCCGCCGCGGUCGGUCUCGCUGCUGGCGCGGUGAUGACCGCGGCUGUCAUGGCGGAGCCAGUGUCAGAGCCGGAACCUGAGCCUGCGCACGCCUCUGAGGCUGUCGUCGGCCAGGGUGUCUGUGCGAUUGUCCAGUACUCGUACGAGGCCCAAGAAGACAAUGAGAUGGACCUCAACGAGGGUGAGCUCAUCGAGCAGAUCGAGCAGCUCGACGAAGGCUGGUGGUCUGGCGUCGGUCCCGAUGGCAAGCAGGGUCUCUUCCCCGCCAACUACGUUGAGAUUGUCGAGUCGCAAGAGGUCGCAGCACCUGCCACCCCUCCGCCGCCCUCUCCGCCGCCUCCACCUCCCGCGCCGCCUCCGCCCCAAGCCGCCGCGGAGCCUGAACCUGAGCCCGCUGCGGAAGAAGACCUCGGCUCGUGGGCCGUCGCCCUGUACGACUACGACGCGGGCGAGGACAACGAGAUUUCGUUCAAGGAAGGCGACAGGAUCACGCAGAUCGAAGCCACCUCUGACGACUGGUGGUCCGGCAUGGAUCCUCACGGCAGCGUCGGCUUGUUCCCUGCCAACUAUGUCGAACUCCAGGCGUGA